AUGGGUACAGCCUCCUCCCUGGUGAGCCCUGGGGAGGUGAUAGAGGAUGCGUACGGGGGUGAGGGUGGGGAGGCAUGUGAGAUACCGGUGGAGGUCAAACCUAAAGCCCGCCUCCUGCGGAGCUCCUUUCGCCGAGGGCCCAGGGUGAUUGGAGCCAGCUUCAAAUCCACGGGCUCUGUGGACCUGGAGUACACCGCCGAAUACGAGCGGCUCCGCAAGGAGUAUGAGAUCUUCCGGGUCAGCAAGAACAACGAGAUCACCUCCAUGCAGAAGAAGGAGGCCAAGCUGGACGAGGAGAACAAGAGGCUGAGAGCUGAGCUGCAGGUGAGAGCAGGGCCACUGUUUAAAAAGGGUUGACAUUUAGUACGAAAAAGUAUGAAAAUGUAUGCACUCUACUGUAAGUCGCUCUGGAUAAUACCGUCUGCUAAAUGACUAAAAUGUGAUGUAAAUGUACCCUCUGUCCAUAUAGCCUCAUCUUGUUCAUUCUGAUCUAAAAGGCACAACUGAUCCUAGAUCAGUCUCAGAUCCCCCUGUUCUGAGAUUCUUUGUGAAUACAGGCCCAGGACUUUUACAAUGAAUGGGGCCAGGCAGGUAGGCAAUAGCCUGUCUUUUGAUUUCCUAUGUCAAGAGUCUCAUAAUAGGAGUGCUGAUCUAGGAUCAGGUCUUCCUUGUCCAUGUAAUCUUAUUGUACUACUUGUCACUAACAGUGAUGAUCGUCAUGUUUCUUCCAGGCUCUGCAGAAGACCUACCAGAAGAUCCUGAGAGAGAAGGAGAGUGCCCUGGAGGCUAAGUACCAAGCCAUGGAGAGAGCCGCCACCUUUGAGCACGACAGGGACAAAGUCAAACGGCAGUUUAAGGUAUCCCCAAUAGCUAGCUGUUACUCCCAGGCAAACACACAAUAGAGCACAUAAUAGAGAGUAGGGUGUAACAAUACCCUAGUAUGAUGUUCCAUCUGGGAUUUGAACCGGCAACCUUCUGAUCUCAAGUCAGCUACUUAACCUACAGCUCAUCAUUAUGAAACCUUAACAUUCUCCUCUGUGGCCUGGCUAGUCUAGCAGUAAUGCCGCAGCCUCCAGCAUACAUGCCUACGGUGUCGGCAUAGAUUCAAAUCCGGCCUACUGCUCUUUGACUCAACCUCUCUCUAUCUUUCCCCGCUAUCAUGCUCUCUCUAUCUGUUCAAGAAAAUUGUUAAAUACCUUAAAAUAUAUAUUUAAAACAACUCAAAUAAUCUUCUCUAAAUGUCAGAUCUUCCGGGAGACCAAAGAGAAGGAGAUCCAGGAUCUGCUGCGAGCCAAGAGGGACUUGGAGGCCAAGCUACUGCAGUUGCAGGCUCAGGGCAUCAUGGUGUACGACCCAGAUGACUCGGAUGACGAUGACAACCACACCACCGUCACAGGUAAAGGACAAAACAGAUUGUGCUGUAGCUCAACUGGUAGAGCACGGCGCUUGUAACGCCAAGGUAGUGGGUUCGAUCCCCGGGACCACCCAUACACAAAAAAUGUAUGCACGCAUGACUGUAAGUCGCUUUGGAUAAAAGCGUCUGCUAAAUGGCAUAUUAUUAUUAUUAUUAUUAUUAUUAUAAACGGUUAAAAGCAGCGGGUGUGAUUUUUCCAUUUCCCGUCUAUUCUACAUGUUGAAUCACCACCGUUUGUCGCAGGUUGAUCUACUGAGCACAGCCGACGUUCGUUAUGGUGCAUCUUAUCUUUAGGCCACCCUCCAUCUCACACAUGCAGAGCCCCAUUGGAAUUAAUAUGGCAAUUCCAGCAUCCAGUAUUUCAAUGUAGUCAAAUGGGGAAACGAAUAGUGCAAUUCAAGUAUUUAAAAAAUCCAUAAUUUACCAUAAUUGCGAACAGUUUACUUAAAACUUGUCGAAGUGUCAACCAAGUAACGCUUCACAAUCAUCUCAAUUCCUCGGAUGUCAGUUACUCAAAAAGCUGACACAGUUGUCUGUAAUUUGCCUGUCUCAAGCUGCAGGGACUCCCUGUGAUUACUGGGGUGGUGGAGUGCUGGGCAGUGAGCCCUCUAUGGGCAGCAUGAUGCAACUGCAGCAGACCUUCAGAGGACCAGAGUUUGCCCACAGCUUGUGCGAUGUGGAGGGCCCGUUUGCCAAUGUCAGCAGAGGUAAGCAAGGGUUGGAUGUUUACACAUUUGUAUGUAUUUGAGCCUUGGCAUCUCAGUUGGUUAUAUACUGUAUGUGUUUUGUCUAUGGUUUGUAAAGUGGUUAUCCCACUGGCUAUAGGGUGAACGCACCAAUUUGUGAGUCGCUCUGGCUAAGAGCGUCUGCUAAAUGACGUUAAUGUGCCCUUGAGCAAGGCACUUAACCCUAAUUGCUCCUGUAAGUCGCUCUGGAUAAGAGCGUCUGCUAAAUGACUAAAAUGUAAAAAUGUAAAUGUCUAUAUAAACGUGUUCCUGAGAGGAUGAAAGCUAUUGUUUAGGCCACUCCACACACAACUGGUACAGAAUCUUAGUGACUAUGUGUUCAUGCACUUGAACACUAGGGCAGAGAGCGCUAACCCACCCAAUGGCCCUUGUGGGUUAAUUGCUGCAAACUUGUUGAAAAGUAAUUGGUAGAGGGUGUGUGUGCGUUCGUCCGUCUGUCUGUGUGCGAUUAUGUACAGUGGGGAAAAAAAGUAUUUAGUCAGCCACCAAUUGUGCAAGUUCUCCCACUUAAAAAGAUGAGAGAGGCCUGUAAUUUUCAUCAUAGGUACACGUCAACUAUGACAGACAAAUGGAUACUUUUUUUCUCCAGAAAAUCACAUUGUAGGAUUUUUAAUGAAUUUAUUUGCAAAUUAUGGUGGAAAAUAAGUAUUUGGUCACCUACAAACAAGCAAGAUUUCUGGCUCUCACAGACCUGUAACUUCUUCUUUAAGAGGCUCCUCUGUCCUCCACUCGUUACCUGUAUUAAUGGCACCUGUUUGAACUUGUUAUCAGUAUAAAUGACACCUGUCCACAACCUCAAACAGUCACACUCUAAACUCCACUAUGGCCAAGACCAAAGAGCUGUCAAAGGACACCAGAAACAAAAUUGUAGACCUUCACCUGGCUGGGAAGACUGAAUCUGCAAUAGGUAAGCAGCUUGGUUUGAAGAAAUCAACUGUGGGAGCAAUUAUUAGGAAAUGGAAGACAUACUGAUAAUCUCCCUCGAUCUGGGGCUCCACGCAAGAUCUCACCCCGUGGGGUCAAAAUGAUCACAAGAACGGUGAGCAAAAAUCCCAGAACCACACGGGGGGACCUAGUGAAUGACCUGCAGAGAGCUGGGAGCAAAGUAACAAAGCCUACCAUCAGUAACACACUACGCCGCCAGGGACUCAAAUCCUGCAGUGCCAGACAUGUCCCCCUGCUUAAGCCAGUACAUGUCCAGGCCCGUCUGGACGACGCUUGGCCAAUUGUGCGCCGCCCCAUGGGUCUCCCGAGUGGCGCAGUGGUCUAAGGCACUGCAUCGCAGUGCUAGCUGUGCCACUAGAGAUCCUGGUUCGAAUCCAGGCUCUGUCGUAGCCGGCCGCGACCGGGAGACCCAUGGGGCGGCGCACAAUUGGCCAAGCGUCGUCCAGGGUAGGGGAGGGAAUGGCCGGCAGGGGAUGUAGCUCAGUUGGUAGAGCAUGGCGUUUGCAACGCCAGGGUUGUGGGUUCGAUAAAAAUACAAUGUAUGCGCUAACUGUAAGUCGCUCUGGAUAAGAGCGUCUGCUAAAUGACGUAAAAUGUAAAUGUAAAAUGUAAGUUUGCUAGAGUGCAUUUGGAUGAUCCAGAAGAGGAUUGGGAGAAUGUCAUAUGGUCAGAUGAAACCAAAAUAUAACUUUUUGGUAAAAACUCAACUCGUCGGGUUUGGAGGACAAAGAUUGCUGAGUUGCAUCCAAAGAACACCAUACCUACUGUGAAGCAUGGGGGUGGAAACAUCAUGCUUUGGGGCUGUUUUUCUGCAAAGGGACCAGGACGACUGAUCCGUGUAAAGGAAAGAAUGAAUGGGGCCAUGUAUCGUGAGAUUUUGAGUGAAAACCUCCUUCCAUCAGCAAGGGCAUUGAAGAUGAAACGUGGCUGGGUCUUUCAGCAUGACAAUGAUCCCAAACACACCGCCCGGGCAACGAAGGAGUGGCUUCGUAAGAAGCAUUUCAAGGUCCUGGAGUGGCCUAGCCAGUCUCCAGAUCUCAACCCCAUAGAAAAUCUUUGGAGGGAGUUGAAAGUCCGUGUUGCCCAGCCACAGCCCCAAAACAGCACUGCUCUAGAGGAGAUCUGCAUGGAGGAAUGGGCCAAAAUACCAGCAACAGUGUUUGACCUGUGUCAUUGCCAACAAAGGGUAUAUAACAAAGUAUUGAGAAACUUUUGUUAUUGACCAAAUACUUAUUUUCCACCAUAAUGUGCAAAUAAAUUCAUUAAAAAUCCUACAAUGUGAUUUUCAGGUUUUUUUUCUUUUCAUUUUGUCUGUCAUAGUUGACGUGUACCUAUGAUGAAAAUUACAGGCCUCUCUCAUCUUUUUAAGUGGGAGAACUUGCACAAUUGGUGGCUGACUAAAUACUUUUUUUCCCCACUGUACGUCAUACUUAAGCAAUAACGUCCGACUCAACGUGGAGUACCUGGAUACAGCCCUUAGCCGUGGUAUAUUGGCCAUAUAUCACAAACCCCAAGUUGCCUUAUUGCUAUUAUAAACUGGUUACCAAUGUAAUUAGAGCAGUAAAAAUACAUGUUUUGUCAUACCCGUGGUAUACGGUCUGAUAUACCAUUGCUGUCAGCCAAUCAGCAUUCAGCGCUCAAACCACCCAGUUUAUAAUAUACAAUAAUGAUCACAUAGAACCACCGGAAAACACAUCCACAUACACACUGAUGGUGGUUGUGAGGAAGUUAAAUGUGCUGUAUCUCUCCUUGACUGUGGGAGUGGGUCCUCUAUCCCUUAUUUUUGUGGUGGUUGGGUUACCUUCACUUGGCAGAGGAUGGAUGCAAUCAUUUACAAAACCAGAAUUAGCCAUGGUCUUACCCCUAGAAAGUUGAACCAUUCGGCCACCACAGCACUAGGUUAAUAGUAUACAAGUAGUAUCAGACCAGCACCAGGCAGAAGAAUGUUCUCCACUUAACUGCCUGGUACUGUAGGUGUUUCUAAUAGACUAUCACCUCACAUAUGGUAGGUACAGUAUAGGUAGGCUCUAGCCCUCAGGGCCCUAAACCCAAUGGCCCUUGUGGGUUAAUUGCUGCAAACUUGUUGAAAAGUAAUUGGUAGAGGGUGUGUGUGUGUUCGUCCGUCUGUCUGUGUGCGAUUAUGUACAGUGGGGAAAAAAAGUAUUUAGUCAGCCACCAAUUGUGCAAGUUCUCCCACUUAAAAAGAUGAGAGAGGCCUGUAAUUUUCAUCAUAGGUACACGUCAACUAUGACAGACAAAUGGAUAUUUUUUUUUUGUGAAAACCUUGUGAAGACUUACAGAAAACGUUUGACCUGUGUCAUUGCCAACAAAGGGUAUAUAACAAAGUAUUGAGAAACUUUUGUUAUUGACCAAAUACUUAUUUUCCACCAUAAUUUGCAAAUAAAUUAAUUAAAAAUCCUACAAUGUGAUUUUCAGGUUUUUUUUCUUCUCAUUUUGUCUGUCAUAGUUGACGUGUACCUAUGAUGAAAAUUACAGGCCUCUCUCAUCUUUUUAAGUGGGAGAACUUGCACAAUUGGUGGCUGACUAAAUACUUUUGUAUGUGUGUCCGUCUGUGUGUGUUUGCGUGUGUUUGUGUGUAUAUAAACACGUGUAUAAUGUGUGUGUAUCUUUCAGAUGACUGGGACGCUGCUGUGGCCAGUCUGCUGCAGGUGUCUCCUCACGUGUCCCAGGCGUUAUGGAGCAACACGGUGCGCUGCUACCUGAUCUCUACCCAGGAGACACAGGCUGAGCUGGACAUCUUCACCCAGGUACUGGUACACCAGGGAUUGAAUUUAAAGGGAUAGUUCACUCAAAUGUAUUUAGGUGAACUAUCCCUUUAAGGAUUUUGGACACUGGCCAGCUGGACUAGUAGACCUGCUUGGAAUCCUACUAGCCAAGGGUCCAAAAUCUAUGUCAUCAUGGAAUAUCUGAAAAUACACAUUCUCACAUUUUCUACUAGCCCGGUUUGAUAAGUACUAGCGGCUACUGCGCUAGCUUAAUUUACUUCCCUACAAUGCAUUCACCCUGGAGUACUGUUCAUCUGGCUAUACAACGCAUCUCUCUUCACCUCUCUCUCUAUCUCUCUCUCUCUCUCUCUCUUCCUAUCUAAUUUCUGUCUCCUUCUUUCCUUCCCAGAGGUACUCUCCUAGGCUGCAGAGUCUGUGUGAGGGGCUGGGCCAUUUCUACCUGAACAUCUGUUUCCCUGAGGAGAGUGCAGCCUCCUAUGCACUGGAACGCAGACAGGAGAUGGAGAGGAGCUCUGUGUGUGUGCUCCUCCUUAAAUCCUCCAUCACUAGGUCAGUGUUUCCCCCCUCCCCCACUGUCUCUCACUCGCAUUCACCUUAAAUCAUGAACACAGACAGUGGAUGCAUCCCAAAUGGCACCUUAUUCCCUAUAUAGUGCACUACUGUUGACCAGAGCCCUAUAGACGGGUUAGUUGACAACGUCACGAAAACAAUGUGCACUCUUCAAUGGGGCAGAAGGCAGUGUGUUGUUGUGAUUCUGGUUGGCCAGAUAGCUAGCAACAAUGACAAGAAGCUGCCAUGGGGGGAAUCGAAGGUGGCUCGUUUCAGGUCAUUUUAUCUUGUUCUUGAUAACAUGUCUUGUUUUUAGUUGUUUUGACUGAUGCCACAUCUAUGCUAAUAUGGCUACAAUUCGCUAGCUAGCUAACCAACAACUGUAAUGAUGUAUUUGAGAGACAAGUGCUCAUUUAAAUAAAUAUUAGAGAAGAAAUAUAGUUUACAUGCUGUCGACAAUCUAAGCCAACCCUGUCUGUUUUGACCCAUAGUUGCGCACGUCGGUUUUGUUGCUAGUGAACUAUAUAGGGAAUAGGGUGCCAUUUGGGACGCAUCCAGAGCAACCUCUGAGUCUCUCUGUGGCUCCCUCUCCUCUGCACUACCAGAUUAAAAGGAAGUGAAAUGCUGCUGUUAUAGGUUAUAACAUGUUGUAAUAUGUUAUAACAGGUUACAGUGUGUUACUCAGUGUGCCUUUGUGUGUGUGUGUGUAGUUGUGUGUUGGAGGAUGCGGAGGAGGCCUUUGUGAAGAACCCAGACGGCCGUCCACUGGUACUCUACCUCAGGACUGUGGAGGCCCACCCUCUCAGCGGCCCCACCAGACAACUGCUGGAGAGGGUCAACGCUGCAGACAAGGCAGCCAAAGUCAAGGUAGCCAAUGGCAUACAGAUGUGGUCUGUGUGGUCCAGCGGUUCGUGCCGCAGACCCCGGCACAAAUGUAUACCAGAGUCGACAUGAGUUAGAAUCCAACCCAUUGCUCUUCUGACUUGCAAUUCCUCCUACCUUUACUCUCCUCUUCACUGGCCUAUGUCAAUAAUGAAAAAAAUCUAUCUUUGCAUUUCACAAACACAACAUUUACAUUUUAGUCAUUUAGCAGACGCUCUUAUCCAGAGCGACUUACAUGAGCAAUUAUGGUUGUGCCUUGCUCAAGGGGUCAUCGACAGAUUUUUCACCUAGUCAGCUCAGGGAUUCGAACCAGAGCCCUUUCCGUUACUGGCCAAACACUCUUAAACGCUAGGCUACUUGCCGCCCCAACACCUGAAAAUCCUGAGUUGAGUAUGCCAGUUCCAGAUAUUCAUAUGUUAUAUAUCAUAUGUUAAAUAUAUGAUAUUAAUUCCACUUAUGUAUACAGUACCAGUCAAAAGUUUGGACACACCUACUCAUUCAAGGGUUUUUCUUAAUUUUUUACUAUUUUCUACAUUGUAGAAUAAUACUGAAGACAUCAAAACUAUGAAAUAACACAUAUGGAAUCAUAUGUAUAUUUUAGAUUUUAGAUUCUUCAAAGUAGCGACCCUUUGCCUUGAUGACAGUUUUGCACACUCUUGGCAUUCUCUCAACCAGCUUCAUGAGGAAUGCGUUUCCAACAGUCUUGAAGGAGUUACCACAUACAGUGGGGGAAAAAAGUAUUUAGUCAGCCACCAAUUGUGCAGGUUCUCCCACUUAAAAAGAUGAGAGAGGCCUGUAAUUUUCAUCAUAGGUACACGUCAACUAUGACAGACAAAAUGAGAGAAAAAAAUCCAGAAAAUCACAUUGUAGGAUUUUUUAUGAAUUUAUUUGCAAAUUAUGGUGGAAAAUAAGUAUUUGGUCAAUAACAAAAGUUUCUCAAUACUUUGUUAUAUACCCUUUGUUGGCAAUGACACAGGUCAAACGUUUUCUGUACGUCUUCACAAGGUUUUCACACACUGUUGCUGGUAUUUUGGCCCAUUCCUCCAUGCAGAUCUCCUCUAGAGCAGUGCUGUUUUGGGGCUGUGGCUGGGCAACACGGACUUUCAACUCCCUCCAAAGAUGUUCUAUGGGGUUGAGAUCUGGAGACUGGCUAGGCCACUCCAGGACCACUGGCUAUUGGGUGAAUGCACCUAUUUGUAAGUCGCUCUGGAUAAGAGCGUCUGCUAAAUGACGUAAAUGUAAAUGUAAAUGAAAUGCUUCUUACGAAGCCACUCCUUCGUUGCCCGGGCGGUGUGUUUGGGAUCAUUGUCAUGCUGAAAGACCCAGCCACGUUUCAUCUUCAAUGCCCUUGCUGAUGGAAGGAGGUUUUCACUCAAAAUCUCACGAUACAUGGCCCCAUUCAUUCUUUCCUUUACACGGAUCAGUCGUCCUGGUCCCUUUGCAGAAAAACAGCCCCAAAGCAUGAUGUUUCCACCCCCAUGCUUCACAGUAGGUAUGGUGUUCUUUGGAUGCAACUCAGCAUUCUUUGUCCUCCAAACACGACGAGUUGAGUUUUUACCAAAAAGUUCUAUUUUGGUUUCAUCUGACCAUAUGACAUUCUCCCAAUCCUCUUCUGGAUCAUCCAAAUGCACUCUAGCAAACUUCAGACGGGCCUGGACAUGUACUGGCUUAAGCAGGGGGACACGUCUGGCACUGCAGGAUUUGAGUCCCUGGCGGCGUAGUGUGUUACUGAUGGUAGGCUUUGUUACUUUGCUCCCAGCUCUCUGCAGGUCAUUCACUAGGUCCCCCCGUGUGGUUCUGGGAUUUUUGCUCACCGUUCUUGUGAUCAUUUUGACCCCACGGGGUGAGAUCUUGCGUGGAGCCCCAGAUCGAGGGAGAUUAUCAGUGGUCUUGUAUGUCUUCCAUUUCCUAAUAAUUGCUCCCACAGUUGAUUUCUUCAAACCAAGCUGCUUACCUAUUGCAGAUUCAGUCUUCCCAGCCUGGUGCAGGUCUACAAUUUUGUUUCUGGUGUCCUUUGACAGCUCUUUGGUCUUGGCCAUAGUGGAGUUUGGAGUGUGACUGUUUGAGUUUGUGGACAGGUGUCUUUUAUACUGAUAACAAGUUCAAACAGGUGCCAUUAAUACAGGUAACGAGUGGAGGACAGAGGAGCCUCUUAAAGAAGAAGUUACAGGUCUGUGAGAGCCAGAAAUCUUGCUUGUUUGUAGGUGACCAAAUACUUAUUUUCCACCAUAAUUUGCAAAGAAAUUCAUAAAAAAUCCUACAAUGGGAUUUUCUGGGGGGAAAAAUCUCAAUUUGUCUGUCAUAGUUGACGUGUACCUAUGAUGAAAAUUACAGGCCUCUCAUCUUUUUAAGUGGGAGAACUUGCACAAUUGGUGGCUGACUAAAUACUUUUUUUCCCCCCUGUAUACUACGCACUUGUUGGCUGCUUUUCCUUCACUCAUCCCAAACCAUCUCAAUUGGGUUGAGGUCGGGUGAUUGUGGAGGCCAGGUCAUCUGAUGCAGCACUCCAUCACUCUCCUACACGUGAUCUCAAAUUUGGUCUCAUCAGACCAAAGGACAGAUUUCCACCAGUCUAAUGUCCAUUGCUCGUGUUUCUUGGCCCAAACAAGUCUCUUCUUCUUAUUGGUGUCCUUUAGUAGUGGUUUCUUUGCAGCAAUUCGACAAUGAAGGCCUGAUUCACGCAGUCUCCUCUGAACAGUUGAUGUUGAGAUGUGUCUGUUACUUGAACUCUAUGAAGCAUUUAUUUGGGCUGCAAUCUGAGGUGCAGUUAACUCUAAUGAACUUAUCCUCUGCAGCAGAGGUAACUCUGGGUCUUCCUUUCCUGUGGCGGUCCUCAUGAGAGCCAGUUUCAUCAUAGCACUUUAUGGUUUUUUCGACUGCACUUGAAGAAACUUUCAAAGUUCUUCAAAUUUUCUGGAUUGACUGACCUUCAUGUCUUAAAGUAAUGAUGGACUGUCAUUUCUCUUGCUUAUUUGAGCUGUUCUUGCCAUAAUAUGGAUUUGAUAUUUUAUCAAAUAGGGCUAUCUUCUGUAUACCACCCCUACCUUGUUACAAUACAACUGAUUGGCUCAAACGCAGUAAGAAGGAAAGGAAUUCCACAAAUUAAGGCACACCUGUUAAUUGAAAUACAUUCCAGGUGACUACCUCAUGAAGCUGGUUGAGAGAAUGCCAAUAGUGUGCAAAGCUGUCAUCAAGGCAAAGGGUGGGUAAUUUGAAGAAUCUCAAAUAUAAAAUAUAUUUUGAUUUGUUUUAACACUUUUUUGGUUACUACAUGAUUCCAUAUGUGUUAUUUCAUAGUUUUGAUGUCUUCACUAUUAUUCUACAAUGUAGAAAAUAGUUAAAAUAAAGAAAAACCCUUGAAUGAGUAGGUGUGUCCAAACUUUUGACUGGUUCUGUACAUACAUAUACAUAGGGGUAGAAUAAGGAACUGGCAUACUGGGUGUUGUGUUUGUGAUAUGCAAAUAUUGAUUUGUUCUAUUGUCGUAUUGUGUUUUAUGACAAUAUCAGAACUGAAGAUUCCAUGGUGAAUGAAUGUGCUAUAGCCUGGCUAUUAUACCACUGUGUCACUUCCAUAGGUAGUGGACCAUGGUGGCUCCCCAGAGGAAGGAGCGUCUAUGAUCUACACUCAACUGGAGAAAGUCAUCAAACAGGUAGGCCUACAGACCCUAUACGGCCUGGUCAAAAGUACUGCACUAUACUAGAUACACUCUUAGAAAACAAGAACCUGAAAGGAGAACCCUUUGAAGAACCCUUUUUGGUUCCAGGUAUAACCUUUUUGGUUCCACAGAGAGUUAUACAUGGAACCCAAAAGGGUUCUCCUAUGGGGACAGCAGAAGAACCCUUUUGAAACCCUUUUUUCUAAGAGUGUAGUAUACCUUUUAACUCUCACUAUACCUUCGACCCCUCCGUCCCUCUCUGUCAGGAACUGCUGGGUUUGGAGGGCAGCGACGUGGACAGUAAGGAUUCGGGGAUAGACGAGGGGCGCGAGGAGGAUUUGGGGGACGUGCUGUGGGACCUGCAUGAUGAGCAGGAGCAGAUCGAGGCCUAUCAGCAAGCCUGCAGCGCCGCAGCUCAACUGGGCUUCCAGAAGGUGGGGCUUUCGCGCUCUGUCUCUACCUCUCUCUCUAGCUCAGUAGGAAGGCAUUAUUUUAUUUAUAGGAUUUUGUGAUUAAAGGGUUAUUUUACUCAAAAACUUUGCAAAUCAUCGUCACAGUUUCUCGUCUGUACUGAACAUGCUCUAUUUUGGAAACUUUGGAUUGCAUUACCAGUGGACAAAUGAACAAAAUACUAAAAUAUACGUUUUUUAGUAAAAUAUCCCUUUAAGGUGAAAUAUUCCAAAUGAUGACUAGUAGUAAUAAAGUGUAAUAGACGAGUAAUAACUUUAGUAAUAACGGUUGCUUGUGUGGGUGAGAGGAGCUUGUGCAUGAUGUGUGAUGUCAUGCUCUGUCCUCAGUACAUAGAUCGUCUGAAUGACAUGGUGGCAGCCCCUCCUCCCACCCCUCCACUGCUGGUAUCAGGGGGACCCGGCUCCGGGAAGUCUCUCCUGCUGUCCAAAUGGUAAGAGCUCAGCCAUUAUCCAUUAAAACUAGAUUUUACAUUAUUUGACCUUAAGUGUUAAUAAUCAAUCAACUCAAUUCUUCCUCCAGGAUUGAGCUGCAGCAGAAGCACUCCCCCAACACGUUGUUCCUGUACCAUUUUGUGGGGCGGCCUCUUUCUACCAGCUCUGAGCCUGUACUCAUUAUUAAACGCCUCACUGUCAAGCUGCUGCAGCAUUUCUGGUCCAUCUCUGGGUUAUCCAUGGAUCCCUCCAAGAUCCUAGAGGAGUUCCCUCGCUGGCUAGAGAGACUGUCUGCCAGGCACCAAGGCAACAUCAUCAUCAUCAUCGACUCCAUUGACCAGAUACAGGUACUAGGCUACUGCCACAGUAAGACCUCAGAGACACGAACAUGUCGGGAAUGGAGGUCGUUCGGAACACUGAAAUGUCUGUAACUUUGAAAUUCACUUAAAAAACAUCUCAAACCUUUAGAGAAAAUAUUGAUCGCGUAUUUAUAUGGGUUUUCUAAUAAUUUUGAAUCAUUUACAUUUUAGUCAUUUAGCAGACGCUCUUAUCCAGAGCGACUUACAGGAGCAAUUAGGGUUAAGUGCCUUGCUCAAGGGCACAUCGACAGAUUUUUCACCUAGUCGGCUCGGGGAUUAGAACCAGCGACCUUUCGGUUACUGGCACAACGCUCUUAACCACUAAGCUACCUGCCACCCCAGAUAAUGUAAAUAUUGGAUGUGUUUUUAGCACAUGUAAGCAACAUUUACGGCACAGUUGUCCAUAUAGACUGUCCCCAGGUAGCCAGAUGUCCCUGUUUGAUAUUAUCGGUUAACAGGUCAGCUUGUUACUCUGAGGUUUGUAUCUUUGAGGUUCUACUGUAUUUUCCACCAGCACGCAGAGAGGCACAUGAAGUGGCUGAUCGACCCCCUGCCGGUCAACGUCAGAGUGGUGGUGUCUGUCAACGUGGAGACCUGUCCCCAGGCCUGGAGGUAGAGUACACAACUUGGCAGUUAGUCCAUACAAAAUGACUCCAGAUCAGUACUAUGUCAACAUAUGUAAUGCCUAUGCAUUGCUACUGUAGUGCCUAUGUAAUGCCUGGAGGUAGGGUACACCUAAGUAUUAUGUAAUAGAUAUGUAUUGUGUGGCCUAUAUAAGCCCAAUGCCUAUGUAGUGCCUAUGUAUUUUGGGCUAUGAUAUAUAGUGCCUAUGUAUUGUGGUCUAAUAGUGAUUGUGUGAUAUGACUGUUGUUCCCCAGACUGUGGCCCACCCUCCACCUGGACCCGCUGAAUCCCAGAGAGGUGAAGAGUGUCGUCAACACAGAGUGCCUGGCAGCCGAUGUUAAACUCACUAAAGACCAGGUGGGUGUCAAACUGAUAUUACAUUGUUAUUACAGGAAGUUCAGUGUAAAAAAAAAAAGAGGCUAAAUCACCUUUAAGUAACGUACAUCAAACCAAAUAAUUGAGUUGAUUUGACCAUUACAUUUUAAACAGGCACCGCAUGCCCCCAUCACUCCCAUAGAUUUUUAGCUAGCGGUGGUUAAAAUUAGCUGAAGUUUGUAGUGGCUGUUUCAAGAGAAUCAAACCAUGGAAUACAGUUUGUCCUGGUCCAUGGACUACUUUCCGGGUGAGGAACCAUCUAACAUCAAUUUGUCAAAUACUGAACUUCCCCAUGAAGAGAAGAUCUGUGUGUGUCAAACGGUGGCUGUGUGUCUGUGCGUUCAACAGGAUAAGAAACUGGAGAGACACUGUCGCUCUGCAUCCACAUGUAACGCCCUGUAUGUCACCCUGAUAGCCAAGAUGAUCACCAAGUGAGUAAACUGUGUGUGUGGGCAUGUCUCUCUGUGAGUGUGUGUGUGUGUGGUAUUGUCUAUAGAUGUGUUGCCUUGUGUCCCAGCUGUAGGUCUGCCUGGUCGUUGGAGAGGACUCUAGAGCAGUGUCUGCUGUGUCAGGACACCAUGUCUCUGUACAGCUUGGGCCUCAAGGUGGCGUUAGACACUCUCAGCACAGACAGGGAGAGACACGUCAUGAGAGAGGUAAGGGACCAUCACCAUCCUUCACCACUACAGAUGUAGGAUCUUAAUUUGCUAUAACAGGAAAAUAAUCCUGCAGCAACAGGAAAUGUGGAUUAUAAUCGAUGGACAGUUUGGUAAGGGUUGAUACCUUUUUCGUUAGGGCAAAUCAAGUCUGAAAUUUCUGUGGAAAUUACAAAUCUUAAAAGCCUUUUUAAAACUCAAAUACACUACAAGUUUGCGUUUCCUGCUGUGUAAUACAAUUCUUAGCAACAUUGUUGCAUCUCAAAUGGCACCCUAUUCCCUAGAUGCAUUACUUUUGGUCAAAAGUAGUGCACUAUAUAGGGAAUAGGGUGCCAUUUGGGAUGAAGACCACAGCCUAAAAUUUUAUGUUUGGUCCACCAACCACUGUGGCAGGUAGAUUUAAAAAAUCUACCAGCCACUCAGAUUUUUUACAUUUACAUUUUAGUCAUUUAGCAGACGCUCUUAUCCAGAGCGACUUACAGUUAGUGAAUACAUAUUUUUUUUAUACUGGCCCCCCGUGGGAAUCGAACCCAUAACCCUGGCGUUGCAAACGCCAUGCUCUAUCAACUGAGCUACAUCCCUGCCGGCCAUUCCCUCCCCUACCCUGGACGACGCUGGGCCAAUUGUGCGCCGCCCAUGAGUCUCCCGGUCGCGGCCGGCGGCGACAGAGCCUGGAUUCGAACCAGGAUCUCUAGUGGCACAGUUAGCACUGCGAUGCAGUGCCUUAGACCACUGCGCCACUCAGGAGUACAUUUUUACCAGCCAAAAUAUUUUUUUGUCAUAAUUACAUCAAAAAACACAAACGGAUGACCAUGCUUUGUAAUGUUUCUAAAACAAGAAAUGUAUUAGUAAGAAGUAAUGAGGUAUAAUGCUCAAUUUCAUUUCAUUUUUUGUGACCUGAGUCUUUUAAUUAUCAAAAUAUGAGAGACAAAAUGUUCAGCUGCCCCUUUAAGGAUGGGAGGUUACCAUGGUAACGGGGACACUCGAGUCCUGUCAGUGUGUCUGUGUGUGUGAGAUUUGGGAUCUGACUAGGACGUCACUUCGCUAUCAGUUGAAUCAGCAGACUCAAACUAACGUUGAAAAACAACUGAACUUGUGAACAAAACAAUAUAAAUAGCCAAGAAAAACCAAGGACAAAGUCUCACUUUGUAACUUAGACCAACUUUUAUACCUGUGCGCUGUGCCUCCAAAAGUUAAUCUAUCAGCACUUCACUCAUUGCGCAUAGCUCCCAUGCCAGGCAGUGUUUCUGUGCGAGGUGGUAUAUAGGAUUCGUAUUUCUUUGUGCAUUUAGCAGAUAUGAAACAAAAACAGCAGAAAUACUUUGAAAACAGCUACUGCAACAUUCUUCAAACCCUAACUCGCACAUCCUCAUACUUUACUUUUGACUCUUUUUAUUGGUGAAUGUAAUGCUCUCACUGUAGAGCCCUGUAAAUUGAUCACCCGCCAACGUGGCUGGUGAAAUAGACAUUCUUACCCGCCAAUACCUAAAGCUAACUGCAUUUGGUGGUGGUGGGUGUUCAUUUUAUGCCCUGAUGAAGACAAUGAGUGUGGACAUUAUGUUGUGCCACUAACCAUCGGAGUAGUUUCACAUGCCUUUUAUUUAGAAUGUGACGUCAAGGGUUUUCCCAAGAAUGUUGAAGCUGAUGAUCUGUUCUGCUUUCUCUCAUGCGUGUGUGUUUGUGUGUGUUGAUUCCCUCCCUCAGAUGUUGUGUCUGGUGUGUGCCAGUCAUAAUGGUGUGAGUGAGUCAGAGGUGCUGGCGGUGUUUCCAGACCUGGGCCUGCCUGUCCUCUCCUCCCUCCUCUACACCCUACAGAGACUCUGUAUUGUAGGCCUGGGAUGUGGACUCAUCAGGUUCCAACACCUACAGGUUAGCUUUCUGUCCCCCUACAGACACCGUAGGAUGAGAGCAGUGAAAUCUCCCUUUUUGUCCACUUUCGGCAGUUUUUGCGCAUGACGUGUUUAUGUCCUGUGUGUAUGAGUAAUAGUCUGAAACUCAAUGAUGUUAAAUGUAAGUGAGAGGCUUCACACUGGCUUUCUGUUAACACUAUCUCUGUGCUUUAGGCUGGGGAGGCUGUCCGGCUGGAGUUUAUGGAUGGAGGGACCUGCUCUCCUGCCUACAGAGAGAAUCUCAUCCACUACUUCAGCCAGCAACUCAGGUCUGGCCAACCACUAUUAUUAGCAAUAGUGACUAGACUUCAUCUUUGACGACACAAUAAGUGUUGGUGUGUAUUUAAAGUGUGUGUGUGUUCAGUCAGGACAGGGUGACGUGGCGGGUGGCAGACGAGCUGCCCUGGCUACUCCAGCAGCAGGAGGACAGGGCCAAGCUGCAGCUCAGCCUCCUUAACCUCUUUGUCUCCCAGAACCUCUACAAGAGGUCAGACUUCUAUAUAACAAUGAGACUGUUUGCCCUUCUACUGUUACUUUGUGUCUUUUGGUUUUGACUUUGUCUGUCUGAGUGGUAGUAUAUUCUCCUAUGUUUUUUGCAUUUGUAUCAGUGAUUGAUCUGUGCACAGAAUUCACAUUGAUUCAAAUGUGCAAUAAUGAGAUGAACAGGUACCAUAAACAUCAAUUAGAGUUCUGCAAUGUCUGUUGGUGUUCCUAGGGGCCAUUUCUCCGAGCUGCUGGCCUACUGGCAGUAUGUGGGCAAAGACAAGAGCUCCAUGGCCACUGAGUACUUUGACUCUCUGAAGCACUAUGAGAAGAGCUGUGAGAGUGAGGAUAGCAUGAUCAGGCUGGCCAACCUGUAUGAGACACUGGGCCGCUUCCUCAAAGACUUAGGCCUGCUCAGUCAGGUAUGUGCAUAGAAAGUGGGUAGUAAAAUGGUCGCCGGUCCACCCAGUACAGACCCAUUGAUUUGAAUGGGGAUUUCUGUUCUAGUCAUUCUAUUUCUAUGAGUACGUGACAGUACUACGGUCAUAUAGGAGAUUAGGAGCCAUUUUAUACUACUGAGUCAUACAGUGUAAUUCAUGUUUAUAUACAGUGCAUUCGUAAAGUAUUCAGACCCCUUGACUUUUUCCACAUUUUGUUACGUUACAGCCUUAUUCUAAAAUUGAUUAAAUUGUUUUUUUUCCUCAUCAAUCUACACACAAUACCCCAUAAUGACAUAGCAAAAACAGGUUUUUAGAAAUUUUUGAAAAUGUAUUAAAAAUACUAAACUUAAAUAUAAAAUGUACAUAAGUAUUCAGACCCUUUACUCAGUACUUUGUUGAAGUACCUUUGACAACGAUUACAGCCUCAAAUCUUCUUGGGUAUGACGCUACAAGCUUGGCACACUGGUAUUUGGGGAGUUUCUCCCAUUCUUCUCUGCAGAUCCUCUCAAUCUCUGUCAGGUUGGAGCGUCGCUGCACAGCUAUUUUCAGAUCUCUCCAGAGAUGUUCGAUCGGGUUCAAGUCCGGGCACUGGCUGGGCCACUCAAGGACAUUCAGAGACUUAUCCCGAAGCCACUCCUGCGUUGUGUUGGCUGUGUGCUUAGGGUCGUUGUCUUGUUGGAAGGUGAACUUUCGCCCCAGUCUGAGGUCCUGAGCGCUCUGGAGCAGGUUUUCAUCAAGGAUCUCUCUGUACUUUGCUCCGUUCAUCUUUCCCUCGAUCCUGACUAGUCUCCCAGUCCCUGCAGCUGAAAAACAUCCCCACAGCAUGAUGCUGCCACCACCAUGCUUCACCGUAGGGAUGGUGCCAGGUUUCCUCCAGACGUGACGCUUGGUAUUCAGGCCAAAGAGUUCAAUCUUGGUUUCAUCAGACCAGAGAAUCGUGUUUCUCAUGGUCUGAGUGUCCUUUGGGUGCCUUUUGGCAAACUCCAAGCGGGCUGUCAUGUGCCUUUUACUGAGGAGUGGCUUCCGUCUGGCCACUCUACCAUAAAGGCCUGAUUGGUGGUGCUUCAGAGAUGGUUGUCCUUCUGGAAGGUUCUCCCAUCUCCACAGAGGAACUCUGGAGCUCUGUCAGAGUGACCAUCAGGUUCUUGGUCACCUCCCUGACCAAGGCCCUUCUCCCCCGAUUUCUCAGUUUGGCUGGGCGACCAGCUCUAGGAAGGUCUUGAUGGUUCCAAACUUCUUCCAUUUAAGAAUGAUGGAGGCCACUGUGUUCUUGGGGACCUUCAAUGCUGUAGAAAUAUUUUGGUACCCUUCCCCAGAUCUGUGCCUAGACACAAUCCUGUCUCGGAGCUCUACGGACAAUUCCUUCGAUCUCAUGGCUUGGUUUUUGCUCUGACAUGCACUGUCAACUGUGGGACCUUAUACAGUGGGGGGAAAAAAGAUGAGAGAGGCCUGUAAUUUUCAUCAUAGGUACACGUCAACUAUGACAGACAAAAUGAGGAAAAAAAAUCCAGAAAAUCACAUUGUAGGAUUUUUAAUGAAUUUAUUUGCAAAUUAUGGUGGAAAAUAAGUAUUUGGUCAAUAACAAAAGUUUCUCAAUACUUUGUUAUAUACCCUUUGUUGGCAAUGACACAGGUCAAACGUUUUCUGUAAGUCUUCACAAGGUUUUCACACACUGUUGCUGGUAUUUUGGCCCAUUCCUCCAUGCAGAUCUCCUCUAGAGCAGUGAUGUUUUGGGGCUGUCGCUGGGCAACACGGACUUUCAACUCCCUCCAAAGAUUUUCUAUGGGGUUGAGAUCUGGAGACUGGCUAGGCCACUCCAGGACCUUGAAAUGCUUCUUAUGAAGCCACUCCUUCGUUGCCCGGGCGGUGUGUUUGGGAUCAUUGUCAUGCUGAAAGACCCAGCCACGUUUCAUCUUCAAUGCCCUUGCUGAUGGAAGGAGGUUUUCACUCAAAAUCUCACGAUACAUGGCCCCAUUCAUUCUUUCCUUUACACGGAUCAGUCGUCCUGGUCCCUUUGCAGAAAAACAGCCCCAAAGCAUGAUGUUUCCACCCCCAUGCUUCACAGUAGGUAUGGUGUUCUUUGGAUGCAACUCAGCAUUCUUUGUCCUCCAAACACGACGAGUUGAGUUUUUACCAAAAAGUUCUAUUUUGGUUUCAUCUGAACAUAUGACAUUCUCCCAAUCCUCUUCUGGAUCAUCCAAAUGCACUCUAGCAAACUUCAGACGGGCCUGGACAUGUACUGGCUUAAGCAGGGGGACACGUCUGGCACUGCAGGAUUUGAGUCCCUGGCGGCGUAGUGUGUUACUGAUGGUAGGCUUUGUUACUUUGGUCCCAGCUCUCUGCAGGUCAUUCACUAGGUCCCCCCGUGUGGUUCUGGGAUUUUUGCUCACCGUUCUUGUGAUCAUUUUGACCCGAAGGGGUGAGAUCUUGCGUGGAGCCCCAGAUCGAGGGAGAUUAUCAGUGGUCUUGUAUGUCUUCCAUUUCCUAAUAAUUGCUCCCACAGUUGAUUUCUUCAAACCAAGCUGCUUACCUAUUGCAGAUUCAGUCUUCCCAGCCUGGUGCAGGUCUACAAUUUUGUUUCUGGUGUCCUUUGACAGCUCUUUGGUCUUGGCCAUAGUGGAGUUUGGAGUGUGACUGUUUGAGGUUGUGGACAGGUGUCUUUUAUACUGAUAACAAGUUCAAACAGGUGCCAUUAAUACAGGUAACGAGUGGAGGACAGAGGAGCCUCUUAAAGAAGAAGUUACAGGUCUGUGAGAGCCAGAAAUCUUGCUUGUUUGUAGGUGACCAAAUACUUAUUUUCCACCAUAAUUAACAAAUAAAUUCAUUAAAAAUCCUACAAUGUGAUUUUCUGGAUUUUUUUCCCUCAAUUUGUCUGUCAUAGUUGACGUGUACCUAUGAUGAAAAUUACAGGCCUCUCUCGUCUUUUAAGUGGGAGAACUUGCACAAUUGGUGGCUGACUAAAUACUUUUUUCCCCCACUGUAUAGACAGGUGUGUGCCUUUCCAAAUCAUGUCCAAUCAAUUGAAUUUACCACAGGUGGACUCCAAUCAAGUUGUAGAAACAUCUCAAGGAUGAUCAAUGGAAACAGGAUGCACCUGAACUCAAUUUCGAGUCUCAUAGCAAAGGGUCAUGAAUACUUAUGUAAAUAAGGUAUUUCAUUUGUUUAUUUUUAAUUAAUUUGCAAAAAUGUCUAAAAACCUGUUUUCGCUUUGUCAUUAUGGGGUAUUGUGUGUAGAUUGAUGAUGGGAAAAAAUAUUUUAUACAUUUUAGAAUAAGGUUGUAACGUAACAAAAUGUGGAAAAAGGGAAUGGAUCUGAAUACUUUCCGAAUGCACUGUAUAUUGUCAUGCUGUCGACGAACUACAUGAUAAACGUGUCCGUCCGUCCAUCCAUCCAUCCAUAUUUCUCCAGGCGGUAGCCCCCUUACAGAGGUCUCUGGAGAUCCGGGAGACGGCCCUGGACCCGGACCACCCCAGUGUGGCCCUGUCCCUACACCAGCUGGCCGGGGUUUAUGUCCAAUGGAGGAAGUAUGGUAACGCAGAGCAGUUCUACAAGCAGGCCCUGGAGAUCAGUGAGAACGCCUUCGGAUCGGACCACGCCUGUGUCGCACGCGAACUGGACUCCCUGGCCAUGCUCUACCAGAAACAGAACAAGUGAGUGAGUGUGUGUGUGUGUGUGUGGCGGGUGGUGUGUGGGUGUGUUUCAAGUAAAGUUGCUUUGUGAUUGACGAGUCAUCUGUUUUCUAUUUGUAUUCAUGCAGUUAUAUACAAUUUCAAAUAUUACAUGACAUUAUAUUUCAUAACACUUUACCCAAUACAUUUAGUGUGUUCCCUCAGGCCACUACUCCACUAUCACAUAAUUACAAUACAACAUACAUGUGUAUGUGUGUGUAGAGUGAGUGUCUAAAGUCAUGGUCAAAUGUUUUGAGAAUGACACAAGUAUUGGUCUUCACAAAGUUUGCUGCUUCAGUGUUUUUAGAUAUUUUUGUCAGAUGUUACUAUGGUAUACUGAAGUAUAAUUACAAGCAUUCCAUAAGUGUCAAAGGCUUUUAUUGACAAUUACAUUAAGUUUAUGCAAAGAGUCAAUAUUUUCAGUGUUGACCCUUCUUUUUCAAGACCUCUGCAGUCCGCCCUGGCAUGCUGUCAAUUAACUUCUGGGCCACAUCCUGACUGAUGGCAGCCCAUUCCUGCAUAAUCAAUGCUUGGAGUUUGUCAGAAUUUGUGGGUUUUUGUUUGUCCACCCGCCUCUUGAGGAUUGACAACAAGUUCUCAAUGGGAUUAAGGUCUGGGGAGUUUCCUGGCCAUGGACCCAAAAUUUCGAUGUUUUGUUCCCCGAGCCACUUAGUUAUCGCUUUUGCCAUAUGGCAAGGGACUCCAUCAUGCUGGAAAAGGCAUUGUUCGUCACCAAACUGUUCUUGGAUGGUUGGGUGAAGUUGCUCUCGGAGGAUGUGUUGGUACCAUUCUUUAUUCAUGGCUUGUGAGUGAGCCCACUCCCUUGGCUGAGAAGCAACCCCACACAUGAAUGGUCUCAGGAUGCUUUACUGUUGGCAUGACACAGGACUGAUGGUAGCGCUCACCUUGUCUUCUCCGGACAAGGUGUUUUCUGGAUGCCCCAAACAAUCGGAAAGGGGAUUCAUCAGAGAAAAUGACUUUACCCCAGUCCUCAGCAGUCCAAUCCCUGUACCUUUUGCAGAAUAUCAGCCUGUCCCUGAUGUUUUUCCUGGAGAGAAGUGGCUUCCUCGCUGCCCAUCUUGACACCAGGCCAUCCUCCAAAAGUCUUCGCCUCACUGUGCGUGCAGAUGCACUCACACCUGCCUGCUGCCAUUCCUGAGCAAGCUCUGCACUGGUGGUGCCCCGAUCCCGCAGCUGAAUCAACUUUAGGAGAUGGUCCUAGCGCUUGCUGGACCUUCUUGGGCGCCCUGAAGCCUUCUUCACAACAUUUGAACCUCUCUCCUUGAAGUUCUUGAUGAUCCGAUAAAUGGUUGAUUUAGGUGCAAUCUUACUAGCAGCAAUAUCCUUGCCUGUGAAGCCCUUUUUGUGCAAAGCAAUGAUGACGGCACGUGUUUCCUUCUAGGUAACCAUGGUUAACAGAGGAAGAACAAUGAUUUCAAGCACCACCCUCCUUUUAAAGCUUCCAGUCUGUUAUUCUAACUCAAUCAGCAUGACAGAGUGAUCUCCAGCCUUGUCCUCGUCAAUACUCUCACCUGUGUUAACGAGAGAAUCACUGACAUGAUGUCAGCUGGUCCUUUUGUGGCAGGGCUGAAAUGCAGUGGAAAUGUUUUUGGGGGAUUAAGUUCAUUUUCAUGGCAAAGAGGGACUUUGCAAUUAAUUGCAAUUCAUCUGAUCAAUCUUCAUAACAUUCUGGAGUAUAUGCAAAUUGCCAUCAUAAAAACUGAGGCAGCAGACUUUGUGAAAAUUAAUAUUUGUGUCAUUCUCAAAACUUUUGACCACGACUGUAUAUGUAUGUGUGUAUGUACCUGUGUGUGUGUCUCUUCACAGUCCCUGCUGUCCCACAAGGUGUAUUUUUACCAGUUUUUUUCUAAUCUGAUUCUACUGCUUGCAUCAGUUACCUGAUGUGGAAUAGAGUUCCAUGUAGUCAUGGCUCUAUGUAGAACUGUGCGCCUCCCAUAGUCCGUUCUGGACUUGGGGACUGUGAAGAGACCUCUGGUGGCAUGUCUUGUGGGGUAUGCAUGGGUGUCCGAGCUGUGUGCCAGUAUUCCAUACAGACAGCUCUGUACAUUCAGGUCGUCGACACCUCUCACAAAAACAAGAAGUGAUGAAGUCAAUCUCUCUUCCACUCUGAGCCAGGAGAGACUGACAUGCAUGUCAUCAAUGUUAGCUCUCCGUGUACUUUUAAGGGCCAGCCGUGCUGCCCUGUUCUGAGCCAACUACAAUUUUCCCAAGUCCCUCUUUGUGGCACCUGACUACACUACUGAACAGUAGUCUAGGUGCGACAAAACUAGGGCCUGUAGGACCUUCCUUGUUGAUAGUGUUGUUAAGAAGGCAGAGAAACACUUAAUUAUGGACAUACUUCUCCCCAUCUUAGCUACUGCUGUAUCAAUAUGCUUUGACCAUGACAGUCUACAAUCCAGGGUUACUCCAAGCAGUUUAGUCACCUCAACUUGCUCAAUUUCCACAUUAUUCAUUACGAGAUGUGGUUGAGGUUUAGGGUUUAGUGAAUGAUUUGACCCAAAUACAAUGCUUUUAGUUUUGGAAAUAUUCAGGACUAACUUAUUCCUUGCCACCCAUUCCGAAACUAACUGCAACUCUUUGUUAAGUGUUGCAGUUAUUUCAGUUGCUGUAGUAGCUGAUGUGUAUAGUGUUGAGUUAACAGGUAUGAGCAAGCCGAAAAACUAAGGAAGAGGUCUGUGAGGAUUCGCCAAAAGACUGCCCGCCAGAAAGGCCAUAUGGUGAGGACACAUGAGAGCAUGGUUGGUUGUUCUUCCUGCUUUAUGGCUUUAGUGUGUGUGUGUGCUUUUGUGCGUAGGUGUGUGCGUAAUGUGUAUACAUUAAUAGUGAAUUGACUGUGUCACUAUCUCUGCAGUGUGAUUGUGUCUAAUGAGUAUGCAUUAAUAGUGAAGUCUCUGUCUGUGCAGUAUGGCUUCACUCUGCUACGUCGGCGGGCCAUCCAGUUAGAGGAGCUGACUCUGGGUAAAGACACAGCAGAUUGUGCCAAGACCUUCAACGAGCUGGGAGUCCUCUACUACCUCCAGAACAACUUGGAGUGAGUCAGUCCUUACACAUCUACACUUUGUGUAGCCGUUAGCGAUGAUGCUAAUGAUAACCUUCUUCUGGUAGAGAUGGAAAGACUUUCCCAAAAAACAUCUCAAUUAAAUGUUAACUACAAAGUAGUCUAUGCCUACCUGGCAGAGUGAUAUCAUGAUUAUUUGCAUCAAUCUAGUGGCCAUUUGUUUUGCAAACUUUGCAAUCACAUGAGCGAACCCCAAAAUCCUAAAUUCUUCUAUUUUUCCCAGUCCUCAAAAGGGGUCUCCUGAUGUGGUUUAAACAUUGUUGUGGACUUAAAACAUACAAUUUUGUUGUUUUCUGAAAAACAGAAACCAGGAAAAACAAAACGGAGAAAACGGAAUUUGGGGAAAAACUAUAUGGAAUCAGGCAAAAAAUAUAACAGGUUUUAUAGGAAGAAGUCUGUGAGGAUAUGGGACCCGUGAAAUUUGAUGCCUCUGCAUGGCAUUCAGCAUUAAAGAAAAACUCCACCCAAAGACUAUAUUUUGUCCAUUGUUGAUAUAGUCCCAAAAUACAGAAAUCUGCAAAAUUUGAAAUUGUGUUUUUUACAUUGGAUAAAAGUACAGACUCAGAGCUAGACAUUUACAUUUUAGCAGACGCUCUUAUCCAGAGCGACUUACAGGAGCAAUUAGGGUUAAGUGCCUUGCUUAAGGGCACAUCGACAGAUUUUUCACCUAGUCAGCUUGGGGAUUAGAACCAGCGACCUUUCGGUUACUGGCACAACGCUCUUACCCACUAAGCUACCUGCCGCCCCAGUUUUAGACAAUUGUAUAUCAUACACUGCAUUUGAGGAACAAUGGGAAAGUAAUUCUGCUUUGAAAGUUGAUAAACUUGUAACCCCACUUUUGAGAAAAUGGCCCUUGAAUGUUUUGGUACACCUACUGGAGAGCUCUUCUUUGUCUAAACCCAUUCAGCAUCGUUCCCACCCUCUUAAGCCUUAGCCCCACCCAUCUCUUUUAAGGAUUCACAUGUGAGACCAUGUGCUAAACAGAGUGAGUAAGAUAGUGUAGUAAACAACCAAAUAUUUCAAGACUAAAAGUGGUGAGAGUAGUAGCCUACAAUAAGGAAAAACUCCAGGUAAAAAUACACUUAAUCUAGUUCUUGGCCUAUAUCCUAAUCUGACUUUGGUGCAGGUCAUGUUGUUCUUCACAUUACCGUCUCUGGUAAACACACACUAUAUCAAAUCAAAGUUUAUAAUCUCACAUGCACAGGAUACAGAAGGUGUAAACGGUACAGUGAAAGGAUUGCUUGCAUAUUUGCAUAGUAGCAAUAUCAAAAAUAGUGUCCAGAUAAAAAUAUUUUAUAAAUAUUUUAUAAUUAUUAGAUGAUGCUUACCCAGACACUAGUGGUGUGCCGAGUAGUCAGACAAAAAAACUUUUGUAACUGAUACAUUUUCUGGAUACGAUUAUGAUCCAAGUAUUUUUUGUAAUUAUCUGUGAUCGGAAGAAGAAAAAAAUGUGGGUGCCAGCAAGCAUGUUUCUCAUGUGUCAGUCACAGAGUUUCUAAACCAUAUUGUACUGUCUUUGAGUCAGUCAUGUGCGUGGUCUAAAUAACUCAACUGGCUAGUUUGCCUGUCUGUAAAGAGAAAGGCGGGCAGUACGUUGAUCCUGCUGCUCUGAUAGGGUGAAGAUGUAUUUCUCCGUCCACUCGCUUCAUAAUUUCACUCGAUCACUUUUCCUUCCAUGUUUUCGGUCUGAUCAUUUAGAUUGCUGCUGCCUGCUACUAUGAUCAAUCAGAUGGCGAGGACGUUUGCUGUCAAGCUAUCAAUGUGCAUAAUAUCUAACAAGUGGGGCAAGGGUAGGGAAAAAGAUGAAACGCUAAUGUGCAUUCUGACUGAGUGACAGCAAACUUGGCUGCCCGCUGCAAAUUGAGGACACACAGACACACACACACCCCUCCACGCGCUGCUCCUAAUCUGCAGCUUUUUUGCAGUGAGAACGCACAGGGGGGUAUUUUGCCAUCUAUUUAUGCAUAUUACGAAUAUAAUCCGAUCCGAAUAUCAACUGUCAAUUUACGGAUACAAUUAUGAAUAUGAGUAUGUCAUGUCGGCACACCCCUACCAGACACGCUUGUCUAAAUUGAUGGGUCAUGUGAAAGAAAUGCUAUAACCACCUCCCAGCCACAUCUAGCUAAGUGGAUGGGUCACUAUUGUCUAGACAUUUACAAAUGUUCAUGAAAUACAAUAGAUGGUCGUAAUCACUCAGACACAGCUGGCUAACUUGAUGGGUCAUGGAAUCAUCUGGCGAAGUGGAAUCUUUUUUUUAGACAUGUAGCUAGCUGGCUAGCUAGCUAAACAAUACUACUAGCAGUACAAACUGAUUUUCAUAGCUAGCCACUGUGCAUGAAAUGCUGUAGUAUGAAUCUGCAGGUAGCUAAAGCUAACCAACUAGGUUAACUUGCAAUGAAAAUGACUUUCUGACAAAAUUAGAAACGUAUAAUAAUCUGAAAAUGUAGCUAGACUCUUACCCGUAUACAUGGAUGAACGCUUCACAGCAGACUAGAACCCCUUUAACUCUGUUUUGUUUGUACAGCUUGUUUGACCUGCGCUGUGUCAAGUCACUCCGGUUCACACUGACCGUGUGCAGAAAGUAGUCCAUUACAACUUGAAAUACAAUAGAUGGCCGUAAUCACCCCCAGACACACCUGGCUAACUAAAUUCAGGGCAGCAAUGUUGUUGAGAGCAGUAGCAAUACUUUUGCAGUUCUCCAUGCAAGUAUUAUCUACAUAUACUGAGCAGCUCAUGUUAUAGACAGAAGCAUGCUACUUGGCAGACCAAUCCAAACUCAUCUCUGGGCAUGUCCAGCCCAUCCAUUAUCUCAGCCAAUCAUGGCUAGCGGGAAGGUUCCUGUCUUUUUCCGUGGCUAAACCAACAAUUUUAUUUGUAUUUACAGAUGGCAUACAAGUUUGUUAUUAGGGCACAUGAAUGUCCCAGAAGGAAUUUCUGCAAAAUAAACACAUUUUGAGGUAGUGACGUGUGACAUACGCCAAGCUUCCUGAAACGGGUCACGUAUGAUAUACGGGCCAGAUUUCUUUAUUUUGAAAGUCACAUAUCUUGAAAACUUGAUUGCUGAUAUGCAACACAUUUUGGGACUUUAUCAACAAUGGACUAAUGAAACAAAUACCAAAAGAUAGUUUUUGGUGAAGUUGUCCUUUAAGGAGAUGGAUUGGGGGUAAGGCCCUGCGAUAGACUAGCGUCCUGUCAAGGGGGGUACAGGUACUUGCAGGUUUAUGCCCUAAUGGGUCGUUCUGGCUCACGCAAGGCUUACUUACUAAUUCACUUUUUCAAACCCUCCACUUUACAUCUGUUGUUAUAUUUGAUUGCCAAAUGAAAGAAGGUAAAGUGUAACCAAUGGUUUUCAAUGUGAUUCGUUUUUUAAUAUAUUUCACUAGCUAGCUACUCCAGGGACACUAGAAAAGCUUAAAGUAUUCGAAAGAUUUCAAAUAUUAUUUGAACCGAGGCGUCUCUCUAAUGUGUCCAGGGCAGCCAAAGUGUUUCUGACCCGUUCUCUGGAGAUGCGUCAGCGUGUGUUGGGGCCGGACCACCCUGACUGUGCCCAGUCCCUCAACAACUUGGCGGCCCUACACACUGAGAGGAGAGAGUAUGAGACCGCAGAGGACAUGUACGAGAGAGCCCUGGACAUCCGGAAGAGAGCCCUGUCCCCUGACCACCCCUCCCUGGCCUACACCCUGAAACACCUGGCCAUGCUCUACAAACGCAGGGUGAGUUUAGGAGAUGGGACGUGUCUAGCAAAGCCACCAUGGGGCUGUUGAACAGACCCUAUAAAGCGUAAAAACUAAGAGUAUACAUUAAAGCAGCGGUAUUCGAAGUUGGGGUUGCGACCCCUAGUGGGGGGUUGUGUCAUUAGAUUUGGGUUGGGGUUGUGAGAAAUUCUUGCCAAAUAAAUGGGUUCCCCAGACAUUCUGGUGGAAAAAAUUGUGUCCCCGCUGAAAAAGUUUGAAUACCACUGCAUUAAAGUAUACAUUCAAAUGCUUUUAGUCCACUCCAGAUGUAGGAUUAAUCUGAAUGCAACCGUCCCAUGUCUGGUAAAUUUAUGUGCAUUGCUGUUUGAAAGUUAGCCUAGAGAGCUCUAAUUCUUAUUCCUCACUCACUCACCUCAAAUUCUAUUAGCUUGUAGCUUGUGUGUAAUCCUGAUUUGUGAAGCUGACAGGGGAGAUGUUUGUGUUGUCCAGGGGAAGCUGGAGAAGGCUGUUCCUCUGUAUGAGCUGGCUCUGGACAUCAGGGAGAAGAGUUUUGGACCUAAACACCCCAGUGUGGCCACAGCAUUGGUCAACCUGGCUGUACUCUACUGCCACCUGGUGAGAGGACCAACACUUCAAACAGUUAACUGCAUACCAGACCUGGGUUCGAAUUGAAAAAUCCUUUCAAAUACUUUAAGCAUUUCCUUGAGUCUGCCUGGAGUGCCAGAAGGGUGGAGUUUGCAGUUUUGGAACUUUUCUAUUGGUUUAUUAAGCUAGGCAAGCUCAAACAGGCACAGAUAAAAACAUAUAUAUCUUUUUUUUUAUGUAUUUGAAACCCAGAUCUUUUGCAUACAAGAGAAAGAUGGGAACUGCUGGAAAGCAUUUAGCUGUAUAUGGUUUGAUUUCAAGACUGUCAAGACUUACUGUCUCUCCUUAGAGACUCUGUCUGGACAUUUGGUUAAGUACUUAUGUUAUAUCUGUGAUGUGUUAUUGUGUGUCUGGCAGAAGAAGCACAGUGAAGCGCUGCCCCUGUAUGAACAGGCUCUCAGAGUGUAUGAGGACAGUCUGGGACGCUCACACCCACGUGUCGGAGAGACGCUGAAGAACCUAGCUGUACUCAGGUGAGUGCACACACACACCCCACAAACAUAUACUGUACACACACACACACAUAUACACAUGGACCUGUCCCAGACACACAAACACCUUCUCUAUUCUUGUAUGUGCUCUGGAACGCACCCAGCAUCACACAAAUACACACACUCAAAAAAGACACAUCACAAUUUUAAAUCUUAUUUUUAUUGAUAUAAAAUAGACAGUAACAAAACUUACUAUACCUACCAAUCCUAUAUUUUCUAUUUGAUCUUAUCUCACUUCUACUUCUACAAAAUAGAUCAGUGAUUUACAGGAAGCCCAUCUCUACAGCCAACCCCAACACCCCCGGAAUGGCUCCCAGUUUCUCCAUCUCUUCAUCAGAAAAUACUUGUAAAACUCCAUUCUCGUAAAACUCCCUCCGCACUUUCCUGUAGAACUCCACCUUGCGCCUCAUCUCCAUGUCCUUGUGGAACAGACAGCGUUUCUCCUGCUCAGGCAGGUGUUGGUUGUGGUAGCAGAAGCUGGCAAUGUUUAGGGAGUGGGAUUUCCAGUACCACUCACAAUGCAAGAUCUCUGAGAAACUCGGGAUGACCUGACCUAAAGUCACAUACAAAACCAAUUAUAUAUGUACCUAAAUGUAUUUUAAACAUGAAAAAAUACAAAAUGUUUUGUAAUGAAACAAAUCCUGGUAAGAAUACAGUGUUAGAUUUUUACCAUUGAUGAUGGGAUUUGAAGGUCUUGCAGGAAGAUACUGAUGACCCUGUGCCAUCAAUGUUCGGGACUGGCUAUAUUGCUGGGUGUGGAAGCUCAUUUAAAAAAAUAUAUAAUAUUAGAUAGCAGAAGCAAGUCGCACAUCAAGUCUUGGGGUUGUCGCCACCAAAACUGAGUUCCAAAUCAACAUUGGUUCUUAUCAACCAAACAUUCUAACAUUUGAAAUUCUACUAAAGUUGCUCUUUUCAAUUGUGAUGUCAUGAUAUUUAAAUUAAAUUCUUAUGAAUAGAAUCACCAUGGCAAAGAAAUAGAUUGGGUUUCAAAUCAACACUGUUGCUCUCAACAACCAAACAUUCUAAAUUCAAACAUUCGACCAACUUUGCUUUGGUUGAUUUUGUAUUUUUAUAUGAUUUUAAAAUGGAAUUGUCAUGACAUUGAAAAAUAAUGAAACAUACACACACUCACCAUCUUAUUGUUAAUACUAGUACUAUAAGCUGAAGGACUAGUUUUAUUUUCAUUAGUAAUCUCUUUAUGAACCCUGUUACCUUUUCUCUCUCUUUUCUGUCCAUCAUCCUGUCUUCCCUCCUCUCUCGCUCCCAGCUAUGAGGAGGGGGACUUUGAGAAAGCAGCAGAGCUCUACAAGCGAGCCAUGGAGAUCAAGGAGGCGGAGCCGUCUCUGGUGUGUGGGAAGGCCCCGUCUCGGCACUCGUCCAGUGGGGACAUGUUUAGCCUACGAGGGCCAGCCCCUCUCCAACAUGCCCCCAGGUGAUCCCUCCCUCUACCACCUCACCCGUGGGGGACCUAGAACACUGGGGCUCUUUCCCAAUUUGUCUUCCCUCGAUUCCUCGUGUGACCUUUGCUCAUCUCCUUAUAGAAAUGCAUUAGUGGAGAAGGUCCAAGGGUAGGGAUCUUGGAUCUUCUCCUCCAACAAUAUUCUUUGAGAAGGAGAUGGUGAGAUAGGGUCCGGGGAAUCACGGAAAGAGAAUUGAAGUAGAGCCAGGGUCCACAAUCUGCAUUCCUGAGAAGAACGUCCAUCGAACUCUCAAUGGUUCUUUAUGCUGCUUUGAGAUGGAACGGUGUUGUAAUGUCGCCUGUCAAGUGUACUGUAGCUAACUGCCUUUAUGGAAAUAUGAAGUAUGCUUUAUUUAAUGUCUGUUAAAUGGCUUUAUUGUUAUGUUUAAAAAAUAUAUAUAUUAUUAAUGUAAUCAUGUAUUAUUAUUAUUAUUAUUAUUAUGAAAGAAUGUGAAAUGAUGUCAACACCGCCCUUGUCAGGGCCUGAAACUCAGGUUAAGAAGGUUUUUUAUUCCAUAUUCACAAACGUUUCCACAUUUCAAUGACUCUGUUAGUACCUAUGGAAGUGUGUAGCUGUUGAAAUUACAUUUGAAUUUGAUAAUGGUAAUUGGAUGAUUAAUCAAUAUCA